GGAGUCCUUAGGCCGAAACCAAAAAAUGGCCCAGGCCUCUAGUGCUUUGCUCUGGAGCCGAACUAGGGUUUUGGGAUACGAAACAUUAAGGACCGCCAGCCUCGUUGUAACUUUCGCUCUCUUCUCCAUCUCGUAGUCGGACCAAAAUCCAUAGCCAUGGCGAGGAUUAAGGUUCACGAACUGAGGAACAAAUCGAAAUCUGAGUUACUGGGCCAGUUGAAAGAUCUAAAAGCAGAGCUCGCUCUCCUCCGAGUUGCUAAGGUCACCGGUGGUGCCCCAAACAAGCUCUCUAAAAUAAAAGUAGUGAGGCUUUCAAUCGCUCAGGUAUUGACGGUGAUUUCCCAGAAGCAGAAAGAAGUUCUAAGGGAAGCAUACAAGAAGAAGAAGUACAUGCCACUCGAUCUCCGUCCAAAGAAGACCAGGGCCAUUAGAAGGCGCCUAACCAAGCACCAGGCAUCCUUGAAGACUGAAAGAGAAAAGAAGAGAGAAAUGUACUUUCCCAUGAGGAAGUAUGCAAUUAAAGUGUAGAGUAGCAUCCGUUGGGGAAGUUCGAGCUCCUUUUUUUUUUUUUAAUCACACUCAAGGUUAUUAUUUUGAGGCUUUUAGCAUCUUUUAGCAAUUUGAGAUCCAUAAUUGAGGUUUUGUUAAUCCACUCGUUUACUGCUGAUAUUUUCUAAAUUCAUGAAUUUUUGUCAGAA